AUGCAAGACAUGCACGAUAUUGACUUCGCGAACUUCCUCGACAUUGGUGACAUCGGCGACAUUGGCGACAUCGGUAACCUCGACGUGAGCGACUUCCCUUCGCUCGACGGGCCUGAUGGUCAAGCGCUGGGCUCGAACGGCCCGCUGCACGACUUUGGCACCAAGACGUUUGAGCUGCCAUCUGCAUUGGACGUACAGAACUUCGGCCAGGCCCAAGCAUGGGGACAUCGACAGAUGGCGCAGGACAUGUACCGCGCGCCAAACAUAGUCCCGCCUACACCAAACAGCUACGACCUGCAAGGAAAUGCGCGCCACUACAUGGCUCAGCAGAUGGACUCGGGAGCCGGCCCUUUCUUCGAACAGCACCGUCACUUGACAAAGGACGACAACAUGGCUUUCACACCGUUGGUCUCGCCAGCCGUCACGCCGAGAGACUCGACCUUCCAUCCCAUCCCCGAAUACACCAUUCCUGGCGCAUACUUCAGUCCACUUACUUCUCCAGCUUUGCAUGCACAGCAGCAGCAGAAUCGCAGCUAUGCUCAUAGCCAUUAUACGAAUCCGACCACAGCCGACAGCUCGGCUGCCGCUUCGCCGCUCGACCUCAACAUGGACGUGGACUCGUUGAAAGACAUGACAGAUGCUGCUCCUCGCAGAAGUAGAAGGAAGCCCCAGGCGCCGCAUUCAACGGGUCCUGCUGCUCGCGUGCGACAGUCCCCCAUUGUCAAGGGACAGAGACGUCGCUCGGCUCAUCUCUCGACCGUCAUUCCCCCUCGCGAAGUCAAUAACAUCUUGAUCGAGGCACAGAACCAGAGCCAGGCUCAGGGUUCUCGUACUCCUUCCACCGAGUACAUGUCGUAUGCCCAUGGCUCGAGCACAGAGUCAAUAUCGCCCGAGGCCUUGCCUGAUUCAGCCAUGGGCCCUCCUCCUCUACCCGCCUCUGCCUAUCAAUCUCCAGCCUUGCAGCCCCAGAAUCACUCUGCUCCUGCUUCGACUCCGAUCCAUUCCCACCCAGGGCCAUGCGCUCCUUGUCCUGCUACCCCUGCUUCAUUAAUGUCUAUACGUGAAAGUCAACAUCAAAAUGCUGCAAAUUCUUCUACUGGGCCACAUCCGGGCUCUGGUCAAUUCCAGAUUCAGUCACAGGAUCAGAUGGGUAUGCUCGAAGACCUUGCUUUACCUCCUGCUGUUGUGGACACCGCGCGUCCGGUCGUCAACAGAGUCGACGCAACGUUGUCAGGCGAAACCACUCCUCGUCUGGCACCGGCCACCAAGGGCACACCUAGACUGGCUCCAUCGAAUUCCACCACUGCAAGCCCCAUGAUGGGGGCCAUGCAGUCGCCUGCUAUCAUGUCAACACCAUCAUUUUCGGGCAAGAAGCUCGAACCGAAACGUUCGCGGCCAGCGAAGACACGCGGCAGUGUCAGUACAUCGUCCGCCCUUGUUAGUCCGGCUAUUCGACCAAAGAUCAGUCCUAGUAUCAAGCCUCUGCUGCCCGAAGGAGGCCUCAGCGAAUCUCAGCAGGCACUUCUUCUCGCAUCGAAAUCCAAUUAUACUCAUCUUCUCGAAGGCACACGACUCCCUGGUGUCUCAUACCCAGAGUCUUUGUCUAUGGGCUUGACAUCAAAACGUACCUCACACAAAAUCGCCGAGCAAGGUCGUCGUAACAGGAUCAACGAAGCUAUCAAGGAAAUGCAAACGCUACUUCCCAAACUCAAGGGCAAGGGCAAAGCGGAAGAGAUUGCCGAAGAAGAGGAAGAAGCUAAUGCCAAGGAUGGCAAAGGCAACAACACAGCCGAAGGCAGGAGUGCAAACUCCAAAGCUGCUACUGUGGAAAGCGCCAUUGAUUACAUCAAACUACUGCAGCAUGAGAAGAACCUCGCUUUCGACAUGCUCAAGAAGAAGGACGAAGAAAUGGCUGCUUUGAGAAAGCAACUAGAAACUGCCGAUAUCACGACAUCAGGCAAUGACUCAGCCAACGAUUCAGUUGUCGCGAGCAGUGGCGAGGAUACCAGCGAGCCUGAAAAGAUGGAAGACGUCACUGUCUCGCCGUAA